UUAGCUUUCUUACUGCUUAGUUUAUCUCAGUAUUCUAUUUUGUAAUCUAUUCAUUGCUACUUUUUGUUUUGAUGGACUACUUCUGUUUUCUAUGUUUAAUACUUGGUAAAGCUUCCCCAAAAUAUAAAAAUAUAUAUGUGUAUUUAUGUAUGUGUUUUUAAGUACAAUAUUGAGAGAUUACUCUAGCCUAGUGGUAAUUAGAUGCUGGUCUGUAAACUGAUCUCACUGGCAGCAUAACAACAUUUAGUAUAAGAUAGUGAGAUUUUCAUAAAGCAAAUUUAAUCAAUUUAAGUAAACUUAUAUAUAUGUCAUCUUCUUUCAACAGAAGGGUUUAAAGUGUCCUUUUAUGAAUUUGUGGUGGCAGUAGUUGAGAGUGAAUAAAAAAAAAUGUCCUCACUUGACAAAAUUAAGAGUUGGUAACUCUGUAUUUCUUACAAAUCUCUUUCUGUUUUAAAGUCUGUGAACCAGUAAUCUAUUUCCAGCCACGUAGCCAGUUUAAGUAUCUCUUGUAUAACAUCUCCAGCAGAUCUUUAGCCCCUCAUUUGAGCUUCUCUAACAAGAGUGUACUCAGAUAUCUAAGCAAUAAGUUGAAGUAGUGACGGAUAAAGAAGAGUAUAGUGGCAAGAAAGUGGCAUCAGGGAGACAGAUCUUUGGCACAGUGGGCACAUGUUAGCACCUUUUAUCAGUCUCAGGGGUAGUGCUUGCACACUUGAGAUUUGUUAACAGAAAGUGGAGCUCUUAAUUUAAAUGUGUAUAUGAGAUUGUACAACAGCAAACCAUUACCUUUUACUGAGCUCUUACUGUGUGCCAGGCAGUGUGCUAAAUGCUUUGCAUAUGUGGCUUAUUUAUGCCUCAUGGAAAGUAGGGGUUACUAUUUUCAUCCCUAUUUUUUAGAGAAUGAAAAUGAGACUUGAGGACAUUGAGAAUGAAUAACUUGCUUAAGCUACGUAGCUAGUAAGUGACUCUAGAAGGCAGGCUAGUCAGAUAGCUAGUAAGUGACUCCAAAAGGUAGGCUUUGAGAAUCCCAAGACCUUUAAAUCAAACCUUCCAUUUCCAUAUUUAAAAAGAAAACUAACAAAGAGAAACCUAGUACCCUUCUUUAUUACAGGACAGAAUUUCUACAGCAGUUUUCAAGUAUAUGAAGCAUCUGCUCAUGUUUGAAACUUUUACCCCAAGUCUCAGACCACAUUUUAAAUCACAAAAUAAGCUUGCCAAAACAAAUCAAACAGUGAAUGAUGCCAAAAUUCAGCAAUCUGUUCCACACAGAGCCAAUCCAGGGAACUCUGAGUAAAACGAUGAAGAUGAAAAGGCAUAACUAUAAAAGGCUUUGUUAAGAACUCAGGAAGCUUGGAGGGUGGUUCCAAGAUGGCCGAAUAGGAAGAGCUCCAGGCUACAGCUCCCAGAGUGAGUGACAUAGAAGACGGGUGAUUUCUGCAUUUCCAGCUGAGGUACCAGGUUCAUCUCACUGGGGUGUGUUGGACAGUGGAUGCAGAACAGUGGAUGCAGGACAGUGGGUGCAGCCCGCCUAGCGAGAGCUGAAGCAGGGCGAGGCAUCGCCUCACCCAGGAAGCGCAAGAGAUCAUGACUGAGAGAUUAUUAAUAAAAGCAUUGAGUGGUGGUAAAAACACGAAGAUCAUUACUUUGAAUGGGAAGAAGAUGACAAAGAUGCCCUCAGCAUUAGGAAAACUGCCUGGCCUGAAGACUCUAGUCCUUCAGAAUAACCUAAUCCCUAAAGUGUGCCCAGAGUUACGCACCUUGACCCAGUUGACAACACUAAAUCUGGGAAACAACUUGUUAGAAGAAGUUCCAGAAGAGAUGAAAUAUCUUACAUCUCUGAAGAAUCUCCAUUUAUCUGGAAAUAGGAUCUGCAGAUUUGCACCUGGAACCUGUGAUGGCUUACAAAAUUUAAUCCUGCUUAAUCUGAACAACAAUCAUCUUAUGCAGCUUCCUCAAGAAGUCAGCAGAUUAAAAAGUCUUACUUAUAUGAGUAUAAAUUAUAAUCAACUAGUCAGCAUUCCUAGAGAACUUUGUUUUCUUAAGAAUCUUGUUGAACUUCAACUUAACUACAAUCAGCUGAUAUGCAUACCUGAAGAGAUUAAGUUCUUGAAGAAGCUUCAGAAAUUUUUGCUAGCCAGAAACAACAUUGGAGUUUUGCCAGAGGAACUUUGUGAUCUUAAAAAACUAAGAAUCCUAGACAUAGCAGGAAAUAUUAUUCAGAUAUUUCCAUCAGGAUUUCAGGAUCUGAAGCUGAGGGAAUUCUACUGUGAGGGAAACCCACUGUUCCUGCAGCAGCCAGUGAUUUCUACACAAAGGGAGAACGUCUGGAGUCUACAGGAAAUAACAUCAAGAUUUGUAAUGAAUCAGCUAGCAGAAAAUAACCCUUUCCUAAUGGAUGGCAUCGAACGGUACCCACAAGUCAGGAGCAUGAUCUCUCAGGGAAAAACAUGUGCAAUAUGUGGGCAGCACUUUAUAACUGUAUGGCUGGACUGUGUUCGAUUUGUUUCUCCACCAAAGGACUGGAAGAUAAGCAAGAAUCUGCAGCUGGUGCCUCUCCGAGUGUUAAUUUGUUCUUACAAAUGUUUUACUCAACGUGACCCUAACCUCUUUGGAAUUGCUCAGGUGUAGAACAGGUGAGGUGCUCCUUCAUAGCCUCGCUCAACUUGCCCUGUCAGCUCUGCAUACACAGAUUAUGCCCUACUUAGGAUACCGUGCUGUGCCUGUUCUCUUUGUCAACGUAUUAAAUAAAGGAAGAAAAAUAAUUCCAUUAUGAUGUUCCCAAUCUAAGCACUACAAUCUGCCUUUAGCUUGCUUAGAUUCUAGGUGUGCUUUUUUUGGCUUAAAAAAAGUAAAAAAAAAAAAAAAAAAAAAAAAAAUUGAAAAAUAAAGAUUUGUGUGGCAAG